GGUGCUGAGCUCAGAGCUGCCGCAGCGCCGGAGCAGGAGCCGUAGCGGAGCGGAGCCGGAGCGCGCAAGUAGCAUCCUUGGUGGCAGCGCAUCCAAGGCCGGACUCUAGCUCAGGAAGGGUGACCCAAGCGCCUGACUACGGCCGGACCCUACUGGCCCCGAGCCUACUCCUGUCUGGCGUAGCCCAGCCCCUGCGUCUGUUUGCUGUAGCCGCCGCUACCGCCACCACAGCUCCAUCCCCCUCAGCCCGCCUCGAAACCCAGGCCGCCAGGAUGGACGUGUUCAUGAAGGGCCUGUCCAUGGCCAAGGAGGGCGUUGUGGCUGCAGCCGAGAAAACCAAGCAGGGGGUCACCGAGGCCGCAGAGAAGACCAAGGAGGGCGUCCUCUACGUUGGAAGCAAGACCAAAGAGGGCGUGGUACAAGGCGUGGCCUCAGUGGCUGAGAAAACCAAGGAGCAAGCGUCACAUCUGGGAGGAGCAGUGUUCUCAGGGGCUGGGAACAUUGCAGCAGCCACAGGCCUGGUGAAGAAGGAGGAGUUCCCCACAGACCUGAAGCCAGAGGAGGUGGCCCAAGAGGCCGCUGAGGAGCCCCUGAUUGAACCCCUGAUGGAGCCUGAAGGGGAAAGUUAUGAGGAGCCACCCCAGGAGGAAUAUCAGGAAUAUGAGCCAGAGGCGUAAGGGUCCAGAAGGGCCCCCGCACCAGCAGCACAAUUCCUUCCCUGCCCCUGUCCCUGCCACACCCCUCACCCCCAGAGCCAGGGCUGUCCUUAUACCUUCCCCCCACCCCCACCCCCCGACCCUCACCCCAAACACGAGAUCUUCCUUAGGCUCCGAGGCACCUCCUCUGGGCCUGUGUUAGUGUCUUCCCUGCCCUUCUGUCUGUCCUACCUGCCAGUGUUAUUCCUUGAGGCGUGGACUGCAGUCGGGCAGAGGUCCGGCCGGGAGCCCCGCCCCAUCAGUGUUGCCACUCACCCUCCAUCUGGUCCAGUGUCUGCGCGGAUGUAGCAUGUUCUGUGUAUUUUUAAACCAAGAUGGGAAAGUUAUGGCUCCUUCCCCAUCCCAACAGAGGUUCUCCGAGGGGCCCCCGGGCAGCCCCACCUCGACCCCUAAAAUGUUU